AUGAAAGCAGACAUAGACGGCCUGGCUGCCCACGACCUUAAACGACUAGGCCAGGUGGCGACGUCCACUUAUCGCGUGGUCGAAACGAAAGCCGUUGUGGUGUCCAGUGUAGCAGAAGAUUCCGACACUUGGCGCGAACAUCCAGCUGCGACGUACGCGCAUGUUGCUCCAUAUGCUGCUCAUGCUGAUGUCGAUGGGUAA